UAACGAGAAAAACAAUUAGAAUUUUUGUUUAGUAUGAAAAAUAUUAAGUAACGAAAACAAUCGUAAUUGUUGAUAAAGAAAAGUUCAUUAGCUUAAGAAAAAUGAUUAAAUUAACAUGUUGAGAAUUAAUAAGAAAUGCCAAAUGUAUUAAAAACAAACAAUUAAUAUUUGCCGAAAUAGCCAGUACCACAAAGAAACUGGAUAGCAUAUUGUCGACUGGCACCUGGCUCGAAGAAGGGUUAAAAGAACGCAAUCGGAAUUAUCACCACAAUUUAAAGGGAAUCAUUUUCCUCUUGAGGUAUCAAUAGAAUCUAUUGAAAAAGUUGUCUAUAAUGGAAUCGUCGUGCAUCAAUAGUUUAAUGGAUUACAAUGAGUGGUCACCCAACUAUGGCAACUUGCCCAUGGAGAUUAUUUUACACAUCUUUCGUUUUCUCAAUCAUUCCGACCUUCAAGCAGCCGGAGCGACAUGUAGUCGUUGGCGUGAGGCAUUAUUCGUUGGUGAAUUCAAUCGCAAUAUCGUAGUUCACUUUGUCAAAGUUUGUCUCUCAGAUCGUUUAGCUCCGGCAAAGUUUUUUCUUAAAUGUCAAAGACCCUAUAGAUCGUUUUGUUUGGAAGAGGUAACCUUUGGUCAGGCACAAGAACUUUUGACACAUAUUGGUAAAACAGCCACGGAAAUGAUAUUCGAUAAUGCCGAUAUGGGUGAUAAGCAGUUCUAUGCAUUUAUGAGACAGCUAACACAUUUGGAGUCGCUGACCGUAACACGUUGUUCUCCUCUCUUCAUGUCUGGCUCGUUCUUGGAUGGCAAUAGUGAUUUUGCUGGAACAUUUUCGAAUAUACGACAUUUGUCUUUAAAACACAAUCAAUAUUUAUCGGAUGCCAUUUUGUUGCGCUUAACGUCGCUCAUUAAGGGCAUUGAAACUCUGGACAUGUCCGGUUGUCAUAUUGCCUAUCACAAUGCAAUACAUCGGCGAUUUUAUCCCAACGACAGCUUAGCAGCCCAUCCUAGUGAAUCGAUAUUGACUUUUAAGUUUUUGGCCAGGGUGGCAAAUUUACAUAGGAACUGUUUAAAGGAAUUGAAUCUCAGCCAUACCAUGAUCAGUGGACCAGCUUUGCAGUCUUUGACAUCCGCCGAGAAUAUUGAUGGCGGUUUGGCGCUACAGAGAUUACGUUUAACAGGAUGUCGCCAAUUGAAUACAAGUGGCGUCAAAUCAUUUCUACUCACCCAACCCAACUUAGUUUUGCUGGACUUGGCUGAUACUUUAUGUGUAAAGGAUGAUUGUGUAGCUGCCAUAGUAGAUAUCCUUCCGAAACUGAAAACUCUUAAUGUAGCUGGCUGUGGUGGCAUUACAAAUGCCGGUGCGAUCUUAUUGGGAAAUUUGAAACAAUUACAAAGUUUAAAUAUUUCACGAUGUGAUGGUAUUACCACCGAUGGUCUCACGCAAGGCAUAGCACGUUCUACCAAUUAUGUGCUAAAGUAUCUUUACAUGUCUCAUCUUAUUGUGUGUGAGGAGAGCAUUAAGUGUAUCGCACGCAACUGCCCUGAAUUGCGCAUUUUGAAUGUGGGCCAUUGUGUUAAUGGUGUCACUGACACAUCCGUCCAAUGCAUUAUCGAACAUUUGCGCUGGCUUAGAGAACUCUCGUUGGAAGAUUGUUUCCGUGUCACUGACGCUGCCCUUACGGGUAUAAACAUUUCCAAAUUAGAAAUGAACAAUUCUACUAAUCCGCCGGCCGGUUCUCUGGAAAACUUUCAUCCAUCCACCCCAUCAUCUCUGCAUGAACGAGAAAAUAUAAGGUCUUCCAACUCACCACAAACCAUGAAGAUUUCUCUACGUAGCAAAGCCGAAGAAGACAUAGUACGAGACGCUAAUCGCAAGCGCGCACUAUUUGCUGUGUAUGAACUCAAUCAGAUUGAUGAUCACAUGAUUGAUGGCUUCAGUAUACAACAGCUCAAGGGUUUGCGUUCGCUCAAUCUCAAAGGCUGCAAUAAAAUCACCGAUGUCUCUUUGAAAUAUGGUCUCAAAUUUAUUGAAUUACAACGAUUAUAUUUGUCCAACUGCCAGCAAAUCACGUUGCUGGGCAUGGAAACUUUGGUGCUAAAUUGUCCGUCCAUUGAAGAAAUCGAUUUAUCCGAUUGUUAUAAUAUCAAUGACAAAACCAUACAAUUAGUAACUGCCAAAUUGAGUCGUCUACGUGCAUUACACAUUAGCGGCUGCACUCAAUUGACCGAUCACAGUUUAGAUGCUAUUCUAGUCAAUUGUAAAUGUUUGCAGACUCUCUCCAUUUAUCGCUGUCGUCGUAUGUACAGUGACAUAGAAGAUCGUUUAGCUGAUCUAACCACUUUACGCCACUUGAAUAUGGACAACACGGGAAGUUUGGAUAAUGUGGAAUUCUUCCGUCUAAAGAAACGUCUCGAUUACUGAUAUUUUGCUGCAAUUUUUGUUGUUUUUAUACUCUAUUACUUUCAAUUAUACAAUUUUCAUUGAUUGUCUGACAUUUGAUAGGACAAUUCCUAUACACAGUUCAACUGUGCAACAUUCUGGAUACUGGUUAAAUUUAAUACAUAAAUAUCCUUUAUUUAUAUUAACCAUCAUCCAGUAGAACUAUGUAUAGUUGUUAGUUUUGGACAAAUUUUAAAUUUACAUUUAGAUAUGUAAAAAUUGUUACAAAGAGAACUUUUAAAAAUUUGGAUUAUUGGUUUACAUUUAAAAAAAAUUGUUCUUGCUUCAUCGCUGAACUUUCAAUUCAUAUAAAUCUAAUGCAAUUAAAUUGUAAUAUGCAAAGAAUACAUAUUUAUUAUUAGACCUCUUCACUAAAAGCCUUAAAAUUUAAAUUAAUUGUUAAAUAAUUUAGUUAUUUAUACAUAUGUAUAUCAUUGUUAAAGUUUUGUUGUUAUUAUUAUUAUUUUAUAUCAUAUUUAUUACAUGUAUAUAUGAGUGUGUGUGCAUAAUAAAUUGGUCGUAGACAAUUAUUUAAAAUUUAUAAAAAUAUUUAUCAAUCUAGCUGUGAUUUAAACAAAUUUCAAACAUUAUAACAUACAUAUAGAAGAAAUUAAAAUACAUGUUAAACCAAGUUAAAAAGUACAGAUAAUAUUAAUGAA